GAUUAGGAACCUGGGCUGCAGGAGACACAAGGCUACAGACAGCUCCCACACACCACAGCUCCUCACUAGGACCCAGAGCUGUAUCUAGGACCAAGAGGGCAUCACUGAGCUGGUAUUGACUGACACCUACACAGUGCUUUCAGUACCCAGUGGGCAUCACUGAGCUGGUACUGACUGACACCUACACAGUGUAUCCAUGACCCAGUGGGCAUCACUGAGUUGGUACUGAUACUAACACAGUGUAUGCAGGACAGAGUGGGCAUCACUGAGCUGGUACUGACUGGCACCUACACAGUGUAUCCAGGACCCAGCGGGCAACAAUAAGCAGGUAAUGACUGGCACCUACACUAUUUACCCAGGACCACGUGGGCAUCAAUGAGCAGGUUCUGGAGCUUACAAUAUUUGCCCAGGACCCAGAGGGCAUCAUUGAGCAGAUACUGACAUCUACCCAGUUAACGCAGGACCCAGUUGGCAUAAUUGACUGCCACCUACAGACUGCACCCAGGACACUUGGUUGAGAUAUCUGAGCAGGACCAGAAAGCCUCCAGAAAUUGGCACAGAGGUACCUGCCCGUUCACUGUCUGUAUUUUGGAGAGCUGAAGGUUGGAUCCCCUCAGCAGCCUGUUCAUUGAGCCCAUGGGGUCUGAUGUUCGGGACAUGAAUGGUCUUCUCCCCCCGGUGUCCUCCCUGUCCGGGAACACUAGCUGUAACAUGCCAGUGGGCAGCGCUGGGCAGUGGGCACCAGUCCUGGACUUCCCCCCCGGGGCCCCUUACAGCUCGCUGGCCCCUCACUCCUUCAUUAAACAGGAGCCCAGCUGGACCCCCGACCCUCAUGAGGACCAGUGUCUGAGCGCCUUCACCGUGCACUUCUCUGGACAGUUCACUGGCACCGCGGGGGCAUGCAGGUAUGGGCCCUUCGGCGCCCCAGCCCCCAGUCAGGCGCCCCCCAGCCAACCAAGGAUGUUCACCAACACCCCCUAUCUCUCCAACUGCCUGGAAAACCAGCAAGGGAUCAGAAACCAAGGUAGGUCACCCUAAGCACCAACCUACCUUAUAUACAUAGCUACCUUACUAUCCUAUCCUAACCUAACACAACUUACCUUACCCAACCUACCUCACCCAAACUAUCUUACCGAAACUAUCUUACCAUACCGACCUAAUUCAACCUACCUCACCAACCUACCUCACCCAAACUAUCUUACCAUACCGACCUCAUCCAACCUACCUCACCAACCUACCUAACCCAAACGAUCUUACCAAAACUAUCUUACCAUACCGACCUCAUCCAACCUGCCUUACCAUACCUACCUUAGCAUACCGACCUUAUCAUACCUACCAUAUCACACUUACCAUACCUACCUUAUCAUAUCUAUCUCAUCCAACCUACUUUACCACACUAUUAGCCUACAAACAUAGACCCACACUACCCAUAAUAUACCCCAUGUACCCUCUGCUACAACAUUAACAUCAGUACACCUUCCCAAACCAGAGUUUACUUAACAGGAUCUCACUGCCCAAAAUAGAGCUCUGUACCCCAUCUCCUAUUAUCAGCUUCACAUUAGCCGGGUCACUUAUAGGAACCACACCCUGCAAAAUACCCCCUAUAUAACAUAUACAACUGUAUGCACCCCUGCUAUAACAGUAUCAUAUUAUAUACAGUGUCUAACUAGACUCUAUCUUAGCCAGUUAUUUCAUUUCCUCACUCAGCCCCUAUAUACGAUGUACCCCUAUAUGAAUACACCCCUAUAUGAAUACACCCCUAUAUGAAUACACCCCUAUAUAAAUAUACCCCUAUAUUGGGGGAUAUUUAUAUAAUGAGAGGCUGUUGUCAUUGAAUCGAAUGACAACCGCCUCUCAUUAUAUCCACCAAACCAUAGCUUUCUAUAACAGGACCUCACUGUUAAUAUACCCACUGUAUUCCCUCUGCUACAAUGUUAACAAGACUUCCAUAGCUUUCAUUUAAUAGGUAUUAUUAUAUACAUAGGUGUUAUAUUAUACACAUUGGUAUUAUAUACAUAGGUAUUAUAUUAUAUACAUAGGUGUUAUAUUAUAAACAUAGGUGUUAUAUUAUAUACAUAGGUGUUAUAUUAUAUACAUUGGUAUUAUAUUAUAUACAUAGGUAUUAUAUUAUAUACAUUGGUGUUAUAUUAUAUACAUUGGUAUUAUAUUAUAUACAUAGGUGUUAUAUUAUAUACAUAGGUGUUAUAUUAUAUACAUAGGUGUUAUAUUAUAUACAUUGGUAUUAUAUUAUAUACAUAGGUGUUAUAUUAUAUACAUUGGUAUUAUAUUAUAUACAUAGGUGUUAUAUUAUAUACAUUGGUAUUAUAUUAUAUACAUAGGUGUUAUAUUAUAUACAUUGGUAUUAUAUUAUAUACAUUGGUGUUAUAUUAUAUACAUUGGUAUUAUAUUAUAUACAUUGGUGUUAUAUUAUAUACAUUGGUAUUAUAUUAUAUACAUAGGUAUUAUAUUAUAUACAUAGGUGUUAUAUUAUAUACAUAGGUGUUAUAUUAUAUACAUUGGUGUUAUAUUAUAUACAUUGGUAUUAUAUUAUAUACAUAGGUAUUAUAUUAUAUACAUAGGUGUUAUAUUAUAUACAUAGGUGUUAUAUUAUAUACAUUGGUAUUAUAUUAUAUACAUAGGUGUUAUAUUAUAUACAUAGGUGUUAUAUUAUAUACAUUGGUGUUAUAUUAUAUACAUUGGUGUUAUAUUAUAUACAUAGGUAUUAUAUUAUAUACAUUGGUAUUAUAUUAUAUACAUUGGUGUUAUAUUAUAUACAUAGGUGUUAUAUUAUAUACAUAGGUGUUAUAUUAUAUACAUAGGUGUUAUAUUAUAUACAUUGGUGUUAUAUUAUAUACAUUGGUGUUAUAUUAUAUACAUUGGUAUUAUAUUAUAUACAUUGGUGUUAUAUUAUAUACAUAGGUGUUAUAUUAUAUACAUAGGUAUUAUAUUAUAUACAUAGGUGUUAUAUUAUAUACAUAGGUGUUAUAUUAUACAUUGGUUAUAUUAUAUACAUUGGUAUUAUAUUAUAUACAUAGGUGUUAUAUUAUAUACAUAGGUGUUAUAUUAUAUACAUGGGUGUUAUAUUAUAUACAUUGGUAUUAUAUUAUAUACAUAGGUGUUAUAUUAUAUACAUAGGUGUUAUAUUAUACAUGGGGUGUUAUAUUAUAUAUGGGUGUUAUAUUAUAUACAUUGGUGUUAUAUUAUAUACAUUGGUGUUAUAUUAUAUACAUUGGUAUUAUAUUAUAUACAUUGGUGUUAUAUUAUAUACAUUGGUAUUAUAUUAUAUACAUAGGUAUUAUAUUAUAUACAUAGGUGUUAUAUUAUAUACAUAGGUGUUAUAUUAUAUACAUUGGUGUUAUAUUAUAUACAUUGGUAUUAUAUUAUAUACAUAGGUAUUAUAUUAUAUACAUAGGUGUUAUAUUAUAUACAUAGGUGUUAUAUUAUAUACAUUGGUAUUAUAUUAUAUACAUAGGUGUUAUAUUAUAUACAUAGGUGUUAUAUUAUAUACAUUGGUGUUAUAUUAUAUACAUUGGUGUUAUAUUAUAUACAUAGGUAUUAUAUUAUAUACAUUGGUAUUAUAUUAUAUACAUUGGUGUUAUAUUAUAUACAUAGGUGUUAUAUUAUAUACAUAGGUGUUAUAUUAUAUACAUAGGUGUUAUAUUAUAUACAUUGGUGUUAUAUUAUAUACAUUGGUGUUAUAUUAUAUACAUUGGUAUUAUAUUAUAUACAUUGGUGUUAUAUUAUAUACAUUGGUAUUAUAUUAUAUACAUAGGUAUUAUAUUAUAUACAUAGGUGUUAUAUUAUAUACAUAGGUGUUAUAUUAUAUACAUUGGUGUUAUAUUAUAUACAUUGGUAUUAUAUUAUAUACAUAGGUAUUAUAUUAUAUACAUAGGUGUUAUAUUAUAUACAUAGGUGUUAUAUUAUAUACAUUGGUAUUAUAUUAUAUACAUAGGUGUUAUAUUAUAUACAUAGGUGUUAUAUUAUAUACAUUGGUGUUAUAUUAUAUACAUUGGUGUUAUAUUAUAUACAUAGGUAUUAUAUUAUAUACAUUGGUAUUAUAUUAUAUACAUUGGUGUUAUAUUAUAUACAUAGGUGUUAUAUUAUAUACAUAGGUGUUAUAUUAUAUACAUUGGUAUUAUAUUAUAUACCUUGGUGGAUAUUACAGUUACAAGUCUCAGGAAUUCACUUUGCUCAUAGAAGUACAUUUUGUAUAUUUUUGUCUCUGUUAAUGAUCUUUUUCUGCUUUGCUCAGCUAGUCAGAUGUGAAUGUUCUGUUCAAUGUUAUUACACGAUAUUACAUCACAUGCUAAACACAGAAUUGCAGAAAAAUAACCGAAUUGCAAUAUGGAAGCAAAAAGUGCAAAUUUUCACAAAAUCCACACCUCACCACAGUCCAUUAUUUAGUGACUAGCCCUCCUGACAGACUAUAUUAAGGUCAGGAAGCCUGAUCACAGUUCAAGUUCAUCAGCAAUGCCUACAGCCAGAUUCACAGGGUUAUUCAAUAAAGUGAGAAUUCGAGGUGAAUUUCAAAUGUUAGCCAUAUUUAACUAAUUGACAGUAUAGCUGACUUAGGGAAUUUGUCCAGGUUGGUUAUAUUGACAUUAAAUUUGGAAUUCACUAUGAAUUAAUUUUGAAUUCUCACGUUUGUGAAUACUGCGAGGAAUAGGGCAGUUUAUUGAUUUCUGUCAAUAAUAGUGAUGCCUAUCGUUCUUAGUAUAUCCUUACAGAGUCAUAGCUAAAUUCAGAUGACCAGCUCUUAUUCCUGGAUUCAUAAAAUAGGAUGCUACAAAAUGACUAUAAUCUCACAGAGGGAACAUUCAGUCCAUUACACCCCAGACUUAAUGGGGUUACCCUUGUGUUAUAAAAAAGAAUAUUAUGUAUGUAUGUGUGUGAAUUUAUGGGAAUUACCAUCCAAAGACACUAUAAAAAAAACAUAAACACUCCUAUACUAUAAACAAAUGCAUAUAACAGACACACACAGGCUAAAUACAAUACAAACAUACACACACACAGUGUAGAGAACACUGCGUUAAACCAAUUAGAGAAUUCAAGUAUUCCAAUCUAUAUAGGUUUUCAAUCUAUACAAUUUGUACUAAGCUACAAGCUCACUUACUUUUAUAAGGGGUUUAAUAUACCAUGCCCUGUUUGUAAUAAUUUGCCGCUGUAAUAAAAUACUACUUUUAAAUGCCUGCCAUGGUUAUCAUAGUGUAGUGCAAUAUUUGAAGCUGAUGUUAUAAAUCUCAUAUAAUAUAAUCAUGCUUUAAAAUAUAGAAACAAAAACCAUAUUUAUCCCCCUGAUUUGAUACUGUCUUUAAUAUCUAAAAUCUGAAAAACCUAAUACUUGUUUAAACUGUGCAUUUAACAGGAAAAACAAAAAAAUAAUGAAAAUUCUAAAACAUAGAAUUAUUUUAGAAUUAUUUAGCACAUUCUAUGCUGGAAUUGUUCUGAUAUACACCUACAAGACACUUCUGAUCUCACACAGAUGGUAUUUCUCUGCAAAGCAAUUUAUUUCCACAGACCAAACGCAAGAUUAAUCAUUAUUUUAAAAUAAAUAUAUUCUUCUGCAAUUCCAGUGAGUGAUUUAAAAUAUCUAUUUUGCGGUUUGUAAUUUUAAUAUACUAUUUUAAUGUACUACAUUUAAUUGCAUUGCUCCCUUAUUGUAAAAAUGGCAACAUGUAAAUAAAGGAAUAUUAUUUGUUAUAUAUGUCUCCAAAGAGGUAAAACUACAGAAACAUCUUAAAUCUGUUCAUGCUCUGCACAUUUUUAUCAGUGAUUUAAAAUAUGGACUAAGUAGAAUUGUAGAAUAAACUGACAACUAAGUUAAUAAGUUAAAUUUAAAUUGUCAAAAAUAAGAUAUAUUUAAAAUCGCAUGGACAAAAAAAUAGCUGGCUUUGGUAAAAAUAAAUAAAUUAUACAUUUAUACACACACACAUUAUAACUAACUAAAUAAAUAUACAUAUAAAUGUAUCUGUAUUAAUUCCUACAUUCUCUCACAUAUUUGGAACCUAAGAAUGUAAUAAAUAUUAAAGUGUAAUAAUAUGUAUUUAUUGGAAAACAUCAAAGUUGAUUUUUGUUUAUAUAUAUAUAUAUUUUUUUUUUUAUCGUGGGAAAUAUGUCACCUUGGUCUUAAAAAUUCUUCUUUUUUGCCAAGUGUUGAAUAUUGUUGCUUUUUAAAAAAAGUAUUAUUUUUCAGUUCUUUGUUCUGUCAUUUAAACAUGUUAAGGAAAUAUUUUAGUGGCCAGCAGCAGAUGUUGAAUAUUCACGUUUUCAGCACUUUAUAAUCUGCCUCUCUGUGAUAAGGACCUAAUUAAAGAAAACUUGGUAUUAAGAGAUUGGUUCAGAGCAGAAUGUUCUUAUCAAAUUCCUAAAGGUUUGGGUCAGGCAAGAUCAGGAAUGUGGGCAAGCCAUCACUCUGCUUUUUAGUGAAGUUGUCAAGGUCACAAGUAAUCUGCACCCAGUUACAUAGCAAAACGUAUUCUAUAUUCUAAAAUGCAAAUUAAUGGCUUUUUACACAUAAAAAAGCAAAAAAAUAAAAUAAAAUAAAUAAGAAAGUAAAAAUUAGCCAGCUUUAUAAUUUAAGAGCAGGGUAUUUUUUUUCUCUCUCAAGACUCUCUUACUUUUAUAUAUAUAUAUAUAUAUAUAUAUAUAUAUAUAUAUAUAUAUAUAUAUAUAUAUAUAUAUAUAUAUAUAUAUAUAUAUAUACAUAUUUUCUACAGAUUUGAACAUAAAAUAUUAUUUUUUUUUUCUUAUUGUGUUUUGAAUAAUCAACAUUCUAAAUUAUGAAAUCACAGGGGAAUAUUUUCAAUAGACUCUUAAACAAAACUAUAGGACUGUAAAAAUGAUACAUUGUGUUAUAUUACUUGUGAUAUGCAAAUAUUAUUCUAAUUUCAGUCUUUGGUAAUGGGACUUCUAACUUUGUUAUGAGACAUUGUAUAAAUAUUUAACAUAUUUUUAUACGCAGCUUUAUUGACAAACUGGCUAGUUUCACACACAAGGACCUCAUACAUCAAAUAAUACCAUAAGUACAACCUUAUUUUAAUAACUGAUUGAUUUAAUUACAAAAUCGAUUCACGUGUCACUGCAAUGUAGCUGGGCCUUUUUUUAAAAUCAUAUUUUGACAGCUCAUUACUUUGAUCAUUUGAUCACUGAGAAUAAAAGCUCAGUUUUAUCUUUAAACAAUUUCAUUUUGACAUUUUAGAAUGAUACAGAAAUUAUAAAAGGCUGAUUGUUUAAAAUUCAGUCCACAAAGUUAUUAACAUUGUAAAACAUGAUUAAAAAAGGGGGUCUGUACACUGCGAACAGCUGAAAAAUCAGCCUCAAUAUUUGGGCUCAGUUUCCUGAGAAUAUUUGUUCUCAUCACAACGCACUGUUUAGUCAGCAAACCCCUACAAUUCUCAAACAAUAAGCAGGCUGAUGACAAGUAGGAUAAUCCUGACUGAUGACAAGUAGGAUAAUUAAAAUAGGUAAAUUGGGAGCAUGUUUAACAAGGCUAAAUGCAUCAGAAUGUUAUAUUGUAACACAUUCAGCAGGUUCGAGUAAAUUCCAAAGAAAAUAUAUCAUGGAUUGUCCUAAAAUUUAGAUAUUUUGCUGUUGAUUUGGCAACAACCAUUACUUGAGCAGGUGAAUCCUAGCAUGAGAGGCCUAUUGACUUCUGAAAUCUUAUAACAUAUGCAUAGGGCAGGGUUGUAUAGAAACUAAUUGCUACCCUGCUUAAUGAUUUAUUUAUUUUUUAAAUCUUUGUGUCAUUGCCCAGGUUACUUCAGCUUCCUUUUAAAUAAAAAAAAGAGGUAAUUCCUAAAAUAUUUUUGUUCUAAAAGCCCCCCUGAAUUACAUAGAUACAAAUAAACAAUUCAGCAUAGAAAUCUGUAGUAUAGAAAUGCAUUAAUAUCUGCAUUGCCUGUUUAGCUUAGUCACCUAAGUCAGAUUUUGAAGUUCCAAAACAUAUAAAAUUUUUAAAAAUGUAUUUACUAAACCAGGCACUGUAAUGCAUUCACAAGAGAAUUGAACAUUUUGGGGCAAAAUGACUGAUUUACAUAAAGUAUCCAACUUAGCUGUUUUGUUGUAAUAAUUUGCAAUUUCCUGAUCAGAUUGUUACAACUCCUUGUGCUGUCACUGUUUGAUACCAUGUCUCCAGGGAGAACCGAACUAGGCCAGAGUUCAAUCCAGGCCAUUGGCUGGAGUUAUUUACUAAAUUGUAGGGAAUUCAAAGAGAUUUUAAAGGUACAGGCCAAAAUAGCGGAUGGAAAUCAUAGCUGGAGAACUUCUCCAGUUUGUUUAAUUUGGUCUAAAAUUUUAGAUUCACUUUGGAUUCCAGUCAUUGAACCGUUUAGUAAAUGGCCCUGUUUAUUAAUAAGCAUUUAGUAAUUCUGACAAUUACUUUAAAAUAUUAACUCAAAAGUCAAACUGUUAAUUAUUAAUUUCUGAGGACAUCAAAUCGACAAUAAUGUAAUUUUAGUUAACUUUUAAUUAAUAAAUGUUAGCGAGUAAAGUCCUAUUUUAUUCUAUAUAACAGAAGACAACAGUUGCACAACAAACGCUACAAAGGUUGUUGACAAUGAAUUCUACUCCUGACAAUGUGUCAUUUUCUUUAAAUGUUACAAAUGAAAAAUAACAGAAUUUGCUCAAGUUGUCAACAGAAGGACAAAUAAAAAUACUACUUUGUAAUUACUGGGGUUUGUUUUACUGACUGGCCGUAAUUAAAGAACAUGCCAGUCCCAUUGCUUGAUUAAUGGGAUAAUGUCAAUCCUGGGUCAGCACAAGGGCUGACUCAAGUUGUUUGGUAAAAAUAUUGAGAAUUCUUUUUGUGUCAGUUGUACUUUUCCAUUCAGUGUAGAUGUUAUUCAUACCCACAGUUCUAUUAGCCAGUCUUUAAGGGGAGUUAACAAACCUGACAUAAUUGAGCUAGUAUCGCUUUAAUCAGAAGAUCCACUUGUUGUUAGAUUGUGGAUUUUUUUUCUCCCAAAAAUCGUAGCUAAUUAAAUCAAUAAGUGAUAAAAUUCACAUUUUCAUAUCUACUACAAUGUUAAAUGAUAUUGAUGAAGUAUGCAUUUUCAGGAAAAAAAAAACUGUUGAACAGAUGAUUCAAUGUUACAGUCAAGCACCAAAGUCAUGCAGAGUUUUAUUUUAGUAAAUUGUAAAUUUUUUAAAACUCAUAGUGAUUUCAAAGUGCAUUUAAGAUUUUAGAGCGAAAUGGAGAAUUUAUUCAGACAUAAUUUUUUAUUGUGGGCUAAAAUGUAAAAUUGACUUUGAAUUCCUGACAAAUGGCAGCUAAGUGAAUAACCCAGUAAUAAUUGCUUUUAAAUUUGGAGUGAGUAGUACAUACACAGAGUAGGCGUUCAGAGGAGGUGGUAGGAAUAGUGCACUGAAAUAUAAUCACUGGGAUGGAUAGUAGAUAAUACUCUUAUAUAUUAUAGUAAUGUUUCUAAAUGUUUGCAACAGAUUGGGUUUUAUCUGUAGACACAAUCUCUGCUUAAAUAGAAACAUUCAAACUGUUCAUCAGUGAAGCUAAGAUUGCAUGGAUUAUGAGUAUGUACCACCAAAUGAUAGGGUGAGUGUGGAAUACAGUUGUCAACCAACGUGACUUACAAAGGGUUAUUUACUAAGGUAAGAAUUCAAUGUUAAUUUAAUCACAGCUGACUUCAAGUAUCUCUCCAGUUCCAGUGUUUCACAGUUACUCUAUGCCCUUAAUUUAUACUCAAAUCAUUUUUUACUAAACCAGGAUUUGUGGCGGGCUGUCAAGAGAAUUGCAAAUUCCAGGAACAGCCAGGUUGAAAAAUAGAUGUUUUUUCCAAUUUGUCAGAUUCAAAUAUGCCAAAUAUUCCAUUUUCAAUUUUCCUCAAUUUGCAAAUUCAAUGAAUGACUAUGUAUCCCAAGAGAUACGAGACAGAUCUGAACAUAUAUUAAACUAUCACAGGCCUCGUGUGAUUUGGGAGAACCGAUAAGGGUACCAUGCGUUAUCACGUCAAAAUCAAAUAUAUUAUUCAGAAUAUACACAGAAACCAUAAUUAUCUAUUUAUUUUUAUAUAGUUAUACAUGCUUUAACUGUAAGCACAGCUAUUUUACAAUUUAAGAACCAAUAAGGAUGCAAACCUACAUUAUUUAUUAUUAUUAUUAUUAUCGCCAUUUAUAUAGUGCCAACAGAUUCCGUAGCGCUUUACAAUAUUAUGAGAACAUAUUCAUUUACCCCUUAAGGACACAUGACGGAAAUAUUCCGUCACGAUUCUCUUUUAUUCCAGAAGUUGUGUCCUUAAGGGGUUAAGGAGUAUAAUCCAAAAUGGAAUGUGCCACUCAGUUAAUGACUGUACAACUACAUGGUCUGCCAAGGCCCAACGAGCAGGUAAUAUUUUAGGGCAAAAUGUAAGAUAUGGUCUUCUUGUUACACAUUGCUAUCAACCUGCACUGACACCCUGCAUAGCUUUACUGCUGAGUGAUAUGUAUGGACAGGGCCGCCAUCAGGAUGUGACAUCCGUAAUGGUUGUCACGGUGGGGCCGGUGGUCUUGGGGUGCCCGGCUUGCUUGCCGAGACAAAGUCUCCCUCUUAUCUUGUAAUCCGCCCAGGGCUGCCAUCAGUGGGAGUAUAUCUGUAUGGGGCCCCUAUACACCUAAUGUGCAUAUAUAUUUAGUGAGUACCCUGCUUGCUUUUAUAAUAAAGAUGGGACCCAGGAGAGCCUGUGCUCCACAUCCAGUUGUGUCCUCUCACGAGCGGUGAGACCAUUGUGGUGGGUUGCCAUGGCAAUGCUCUGUGCGGCACGCAACGUAACGAGAAGGAGAGCCCCUGCUGCCUGGCUGCCGGGGGUGGAAGAUGGGGACGCCUGGACCCCCUCUUUAGUUUACAACUAGCUGUGCCACUGGUGAACCUAGUGUCCCCUCUUCCCGCCCACAGGUAAAGAGCCAGGGGGAGGGGGGGAAACUUUGGAUAUUAUAAAUUUUUAAAAAACUGCUCAACCCCCCCAGAGCCCUUAUCCAACAUCACAAAUACAGACACUGUAUCCACUACACAAAUAUAGAUACUGCAUCCUUUACACACACUGCAUCCACUACACAAACACAGACAUUGUAACCACUACACAAACACAGACACUGUAUCCACUACACAAACAUAGAUGCUGUAUCCACUACACAAAUAUAGGUACUGCAUUCAUUACACAUACAACAUACACUGCGCAAACACAGACACUGCAUGCACUACACAAACACAGACACUGCAACCACUACACAAACACAGGCACUGUAUCCAUUACACAAACAUAGAUGCUGUAUCCACUACACAAAUAUAGAUACUGCAUCCAUUACACAUACUACAUACACUGUGCAAACACAGACACUGCAUCCACUACACAAACACAGACACUGUAUCCACUACACAAACAUAGAUACUGCAUCCAUUACACACACUGUCCACUACACAAACACAGCCACUGCAGCCACUACACAAACACAGACAAUGUUUCCACUACACAAACAUAGAUACUGCAUCCAUUACACAUACUGCAUCCACCACACAAACAUAGACACUACACCUACUACACAAAUACAGACACUGUAUCCACUACACAAACACAGACACUGCAACCACUGCACAAACACAGACACUGUAUCCACUACACAAACAUAGAUACUGCAUCCAUUACACACACUGUCCACUACACAAACACAGCCACUGCAGCCACUACACAAACACAGACAAUGUUUCCACUACACAAACAUAGAUACUGCAUCCAUUACACAUACUGCAUCCACCACACAAACAUAGACACUACACCUACUACACAAAUACAGACACUGUAUCCACUACACAAACACAGACACUGCAACCACUGCACAAACACAGACACUGUAUCCACUACACAAACAUAGAUACAGCAUCCACUACACACACUGCAUCCACUACACAAACACAGACACUGUAUCCACUACACACACAUAGAUACUGCAUCCACUACACACACUGCAUCCACUACAUAAACACAGACACUGUAUCCACUACACACACAUAGAUACUGCAUCCAUUGCACAUACCGUAUCCACUACACAAACACAGACACUGUACCCACUACACAAAGACAUCCACUGCAUCCACUACACACACUGCAUCCACUACACAAACACAGACACUGUCUCCACUACACAAACAUAGAUACUGUAUCCAUUGCACAUACUGUAUAAACUACACAAACAUAGAUACUGCAUCCAUUGCACAUACCGUAUCCACUACACAAACACAGACACUGUACCCACUACACAAAGACAUACACUGCAUCCACUACACACACUGCAUCCAUUAUACUGCAUCCACCUUCCUCACACACUCUCUCUGCAUCCACUAUAGACAUACACACAUCCAAUAUACACGCACUCACUACAUCCACUAUAAACUCACACUCUGCAUCCACUAUAAACACAUGCAUUGACUUUACUUAUACUUGUGAGCAGACUUGGGGUCUAGCCCAGGCCUUUAGCUGUGCAUGGAGCCCCACAAUUUCGAAUGACAGGCCCUGUGUACAGGAACAGUGGAAUCUGGAAAUGUGAUUUGUAAAAUUGAGCAAACUGAUGCAGCAACCUUCAUUUUAAACUUUUAAUUCAGGGGGGAUUCAACAUAUUACAGAAAAGUACCCUCUUACUCAAAAGGUCAAGGAGCAGACAGUACAGCAAUAGUUCUUUCUAUAUUUACGAAAGUAUGAGAAGAUUGUUAGAAAAUAUUUUAUAGAAUGAACAAACGUUUGGACAUUGGCAUUAAUGGAACAUACAUCAGUAAUCAUGAAUGUAAGAAGCAUCCAAAAUAAAGUCAUGAGGAUUAAUAAAUGUAUACAUCAUGCCAAUAAUUACUUGUGAUUACUUGGUUCAAACUAAGGCUUGGAGAAAACACAGACUUUAUACUUGCAGGAAAUUUUACCCACCCCGGUUAACCUGUGAUGCUCCUGUUUCUUUUUAGGAGACUUAGAGGAACAUGAUGUAUUGAAGGUUAAUAGGAUUUAAACACAUAUCAAUUUCCCCCCCAGCAAAUAAUUAAGAUAUAUUGACAAAAAAGGAGCAGAUUUCUACUUUAAUUUAAGUGUAAGACACAUGCAGGGAGGUGUGCGUAGGGCUGUAUAAACAAAGUGAUUAAACUCCUAAAUGGCAGAGAAUUGAGCGGUGAGACUGAACAGACAUGACGUAUACACCAAAACUGCUUCAUUAACCUAAAGUUGUUUUGUUGACACUAGUGAUAUUCAAAUUUUAAGCCGCAUAUGCCCUCCUAUCUUUCAACCAUAUUUAUCAGUGCUCUCUCUCACCCUCUCCUCAAGGCACACCUAACAGUACAGGAUUUAGGGAUUACCAAGGUGUAAGGUUUAGAGUCCAAGAUGUUUUUAUAAAAAAAAAAAAAAAAUGUUUUUAUUACAUUAGACACACCUGGGUAAUCCCUAAAUCCUGGACUGUUAGGUGUGCCUUCAGGAGAGGGUUAAAGAGCACGGCCCAAGCUUAGAACAUGGCAGGAAGUUUAAUUUGUGAAGCCUUUUCUGAUUUCCUUUAAAUAUAAUUUUCAUACAGUUUUUAAAUGUCUGCUAAAUGCUUUUCAGAUAAAUUACCUCUGGAUGUCCCUUGUGAAAGAGGACCCAAUUAGGAAAUGCAUGUUCCAGGGUAAUCCCUUCCAUUAUGUUCCACUCUCAUUGAUAUGUACGUCUGGUCACCCUCCAGUAAAUCUGUGUACAUAGUUAUAAUGGGUUUACUGAUGGAAUUGUUGACACAUUUGAUGUGACAGUGAUACUUUCUUCUUUUGAAAGGUUAUAGCGCAGUGACUUUUGAUGGCACUCCAAGUUAUGGACAUACUCCGACUCACCAUACACCACAGUUCACAAACCACUCCUUCAAGCACGAAGAUGCGAUUGGUCAGCAGACAUCAUUAGGUAACUAAAUAACAUUAAUGUCUUUGUUACAAACACUUAAAAACGUAAUGUAAUAAGGUGGAUAUCAGAGGCUUCCGAGGUCUAAAGCUGAGGACACGCCGUGUUUUUUUUCAUGAAGCAUAACCUAAAAACUUGCAAUCAUUUUAGAUUUUCAAAUAAUUUGUUGCUUUGUAAAUGUUGGGUACAAAUGUAAGUAAAGAUUUUACUAUCUUUAUUUUCUUUUAAUAGUUUAAAAUGUCUUAACUGUUAAUUAUCCAACUGUUUGGGGUUUUGACAUGCCAAGUUAUAUAUUAUCACAUUAUAUGUGUCGGAACUUACAUGAUAUUUUAGUUGUUUUGUUAGGCAACUGCAUUCGAUUAUCAAUUUUAUUCCUCUUUCAUUUCUAUCAUCAUAACUGAAUUCCUUCCGUGCUCCUUGCCUCCUCCUAUCCAUUCUCUUCACUUUCACUUCCUGUCUUUCCCUUCCUUUCCUUUAUUUUCCUUUCUUAUCCUUCACUCUCCCCCACUUUACUUUAUUUUCCUUCACUUCCCUUUCUUUCUCUUCACUACCCUCUCCUUACCUUGAUCUUCCCUUCUUUCACUUCACUUCCACCCUUUCCUUUCUUUUCCUUAACUUCCCCCUUCCUUUAUAUUCCAUUCUUUCCCCUCACUUCCCUCCCCUUUCUUUUAUUUUCUUGUAAUUUCCUUCACAUCCCACUCCUUUCCUUUAUUUUCCUUUCUCCCCCUUCACCCCUUCUUCAUUUUCAUUUCCUUAACUUUACCCCUCCUUCAUUCUCCUUUCUUUCCCUUCACUUCCCUCCCAUUUCCUUAAUUUUCCUUUCUUUUCCUUCAUAUCCCACUCCUUUCCUUCAUUUGCUUUCUUUCUCUCCACUACCCUCCCCUCCCUUUCCCUUAUUUUCCUUUCUUUCCCUUCACAUCCUACUCCUUUCCUUUAUUUCCCUUUCGUUCCCUUCACUUCCCUCCUCUUUCCUUCAUUUUCCUUUCUUUUCCUUCACAUCCCACUCCUUUCCCUUAUUUUCCUUUCUUUACUUUCACAUCCUACUCAUUUCCUUUAUUUUCCAUUCUUUCCCUUCACUUCCAUCUCUUUCCUUCAAUUCCUUCCUUUCCUUCACAUCCCACUCCUUUCCUUUAUUUUCCUUUAUUUUAUUUUCCGUCCCUUUCCUCUAUUUUCCAUCACAAUCUUUUCCUUUUCUUUUGUUAUCAUUUCCUUUCUUUCCUUUGCCUAAGUUCCUAUUUUUCCAUUUCUAUACCUUUUUGUUUUCCUCUUUUCCGGUCACUUCCUUCCCUCUCUCCAUUACUUACUACCAUUCCUCCUCCCAUCAUGUCUUCCCCUUCUCUUUUAUUCUUUCACUAAUAUAAUUAAGAGAACUAUUUAUAUUAUACUUGUGGAAAUAUGCCUGUCUGUACUUGCUCUCUGCAUGUUAAUGUAAUUUAUCUUUCCAUGAAUCAAAAUCUAUUUUAAUUAAAAAAUUUUUUCUUAGAACAAUCUAAAUACAAACAACAAUUGUCUCUGGUGCAAUACAAAAACACCAUAGAUCACAUUUAUUAAACGCUGAAAUGGCAUCUGUAAUCUUAAUUCUUUGUAAGGGACAGGCUAUAAAUCAAGUGUGAGUAGCCUGAUCUCUGCCUGUGGUUUGAGUUUGGAAUUAGACUACGAUGUAGGGUUGAAAAUGAUGAGUGAAAUGAUGGUUGGUUAACUUUGGCUUCCACACAGGAGAUCAACAAUAUUCCGUGCCUCCACCAGUGUAUGGAUGCCAUACCCCGACAGAUAGCUGUACUGGGAGUCAAGCACUUCUUCUGAGGACCCCAUAUAACAGGUACACUGGAAAUGACUCAUUCAUGGACUUUGCUAUUAAUAAAAAAAAUAUGUACAUGAUACACAGAAUAAUAAAAUGUUACAGGCCACCAACACGAUGAUUUAUAUCAAUAAAUGCAUCUAGAUCUCUUUAUUUACAGAUCAACUUAUGCUGUUUUUUUACUUCACCAAGCAAAAUCGAUAGAGAUUUUGUGGUUUAAAAAUCAGGGAAUAAGCUGAAUUUAGUGGCGUUCCAGGCAAAUCUUGCAUAAUUAAUACAUUUCUUGUCUUGAACUCACCUUGGAAGGCUUUUAGAACCAAUCUGCUUCUACCAAAAUAAAUGAUUAGCCUAAAAUUGAGGAGUUACCAUGAAAAUCCCAUGGGGACUAGCUAAGAUGGUGUCUUUCACUGGCCUAUCGAUACAGUGACCUUCCGAAAUAAGUAUUAAUUAUUACCAUAAACUGUAAAUACAGUUAAAAUUGUUUCUUUAGCGAAAUUCCCACUCAUUCACUAGCCAUUGACAAGUGAAAAUUCAGCCCUGGCGAAUGCCAUAGUCCCUCCAGUCUUGCCGUGAUGGCAAUUUUUAAACUUUAACCUGACAUUUUGAGCCCUGUCCUGAGUAUACUGAACUAUAACAUGUACUAUUUUUUCCAUAAUAAAUUUGAAGUUGUAAUUGUCAGUAUAUGCUUGUACAACUUUGAAAUGCAAAAGCAUUUUCAAAUUGAUGAUUUACAAUACUCUAGGGUGAGCAGAUGUAUGCUUUCACCGGGGACUCAUUAUGAAAAAUGAAUACUGCGUUAGAAACACUUAAGUCCUACAUAAUGCAUCUUUCUAAGUGUUUCCAUUUAAAAAGGCUGUGUCAUAUUUUUUUCUCACAUAGUAAAAUCCUUUAUAAAAAUACUUUUCUUUCAAACUGUGUCCUGUUUUAACGUUAUUGUUUUAAUGUCCGAUUCUUUUACAUGUUUUAAUUUGUAAAAAUUAUUGCUUAAAUGUUGGGAUUUUGCAUUUACAUUUUUAUGCAUAUGUCUUCCUCGUUGUAAUGUCAGAAUAGUAAAUCGGCUGUCCUAGUUGUGCAAUUUAGUAAGCAGCUGAGGUGAGCCUCAGGUACGCCGAUAGUAUAUUUACAGAUAAUUAUUUUGUUAAUUGUUAGGAGCAUGUGUUUAAUGACUCUUUUUAAAGGGACACUGCACUGCCCAAAUACAAAAUAACAAUGUAAAAGACAUAUAUUUAGUAAAUAUACCACAACUGAAAAGAUCUAUGUCUUUAAUUAUAUUUUUGUCCCCAUUGGGGGAUAUCUUAAAACAGUUUACAAAAGCUGCAGAUCUCUUGUCUGAAAUCUUUGCAAGCCCUCCCCUUCUAACCCCGCCCAGCCUUUCUGUGGCUGUCCAAUCACAGACUUCCCAAUGCAACUCAAUGCAAAGACUUUGCAAAGCAGGUGCUCUGGGCAAUUGCUGCCUCUUGAGUUUAGCUCCACUGAGCUAACCAAACCAGGAAGUAACAGAACAAAAUGUCUGGCUAACAGCCAGGGGUGUAACAAGGUUAAUUAAUAAAAGUGCCAAUUUCUAUUGAACUCUGCAAGAUAGCUGGUUUGUAAAAUAACUGAGCUCUUGUUUUGUCAGUGGUUUUUUAAGAGAGUUAACCUUCUAAUAUAUGGUGUCAGAAUAACUAUGUCAGAUCUGCUGAGUCCGAAGGCAAGGAUGAGUUGAAGAGUCAAAUGGUCUAAUAUUCAGAGCAGAGGGUCAGGAUGAAGCAUCCUGGAAAGGGACCGCAGAAUAGAUAUUUCUGAUUUGCAGAGUUUAACUGGAAAAUCCCAUUAGUAGUGUAUAUGGACAAUGGAGCAGCAGUUGAUGGACAGAGGCUGUUUUAACUAGACCAAUGGUAGCCAUUCUCCAGAUGUUGUGGGCUACUUCUCCCUAAAUUCUUUGACAGCAUUAUCGGUGUUAGAACAUUCUGGAAAAUGUAGUCCAAAACAUCUGGAGUGCCAAAGGUUGCCUACCCCUGAAGAUGGUUGGAAUGGAGAUAUUAAAAAAAAUCUGGAGUUUUAAAAUGAAAACAUUUACUCAGGAAAAUUUAGUCCCAAGAGGGAUCUGAGCUGAAGAGUCAUACUGGAAAGAGGUACAUUAUAAACUAGAGCAGGGUUAGGCAACCUCCGGCACUCCAUAAUGCUAUUCAAGCCAGAAUGCCGACAAAGCAUUAGGGGAGAGACAGUGUACAACAUCUAGAGAUAGAGAAUCUGAAGAUCUGAUGUGAGGAGUUAGAAUAUAGAUAUAUGAACCAGGGAGUCUAAAUGGAGAAGUCAGAAUAAAGAGAUAUAUUAUGGGCCACAUGUUUGGAAUGCGGUGACAGUGCCCUAGAGUGACUUACUUUCUGGACUAAUAUCAAAUAACUUGUUGGUUAAGUUCUCUAUAAACCCAUUGACAUUUUCCCCUGGACGUUUCUACUGAUCCAUCCACUUUAUACUUUAACCAGAGCGGAAAACAAUUUUAUUUUCAAAAUUUCCUUAGCUGCCAGGAAAACAUUAGCUCAGGACUGGUGGAAUGUGUCCCUACUGGCUAAAGCAGUGGCUAUAGGAAAGAUAAAUUACAAAAUGACAAGACGAUGAUUGGUAUAUUAUCUGCAGUUGUCCAUAGCUAAUUUCCCAAAAACACGAGAUCCAUGGAUUGGUUGCAACUUCCAUAAAACACUUUUUAAAAAGUUCUAAAGAGGCAUAGCAUCCCCUCUACCACCAUCUCCCUCUACCUCCUACCCCUUGUUUACUCUCCUUCAUGUUUCCUUCAUAGCAUCUUCUUCUGUGCUUGGAUUUCUUUCUUCGUUUUAUGUUUAAUUACUCUUUUGAAAAGGAAUCAGUGGGUGUGCAUAUAUAUUUCACGGGUUGACCAUGUAGUUCAGGACUCUUGUGUUUUAUAGCAUCGGUGUUGGAUGCAAUGUCCUGAUCUUUUCUUCCUGUGUAUGGCCACAUAUGUCUAAAUAAAGAAUUAUGUAUAUUUAUAUAAUAUAACAAAAGCAGGAAACACUGGAGUCAGAAACUAAUCAUUUAAAUACCAGAGCAGGAAAGUUGUGUAGGAAAUUCAGACUCACAAGUAACACCAAGAUGGGGUAUCAGAAUGGAACUUCAGAAACUGGAGUGUCGGAACACUAUCUAUCUAUCUAUCUAUCUAUCUAUCUAUCUAUCUAUCUAUCUAAUAUCUAUCUAUCUUAUAUCUAUCUAUCUAUCCAUCCAUCCAUCCAUCCAUCCAUCCAUCCAUCUAUCUAUCUAUCUGUAUCUAUCUAUCUAUCUAUCUAUCUAUCCAUUUAUCUAUCUAUCUAUCUAUCUAUCUAUCUAUCUAUCCAUUUAUCUAUCUAUCUCUCUAUCUAUCUAUAUAUCUAUCUAUCUAUGUAUCUAUUUCUACACACCUAUCUAAUAAAACUGUGCUUAGGAUUUCUUUACUCCAAUUUAUGGCAAGAUAGUGUGUGGAACUUUUUAUAUUUCUUAAACCGAAAAUCCAUUAUUUUGCAACACCCAGAAAGAACAGUUUUAGUAAAAGGUUGAGAACAUAUUUAUUAGUAUCAUAUUCCCUUUUAUUACAUUUUCAGCCGUGAAUAGGAAAUCAUGUCCCAACUCUCUGUGAACUUGGACGCAGUCCUGUAUCUGACUGAUAAGACAUGUCUGUGACUGGUACAGACUGCACCAUACGCUAAAUGGGAAAUAGUAGGUCGUAUUUCCCAAGAAUGACAAUAAUUAAUAAUAAAUUCUACCUUGGAAUGAGCUAAUUUCCUAAGGUUUCUCUUUUUUAGAGAUAUAAUGCAGGUUUGGAAGAAGGGUUAAAGUAAGCUGAGGUCAAACGUUUAUCUUUAUGGAAAUUGUAAGCAAGCAGUACAACCCUGUACCAUAAAAAUAAGGGUCUGUUCAGGCCCCAAGAGAGAACGAGAGAGAGAACGAGAGAGAGAGAGAACGAGAGAGAGAGAGAGAGAACAGGAGAGAGAGAGAACGUGAGAGAGAGAGAAAAGGGCAAGAGAGAGAGAGAGAGAGAGAAAGAGAGAAAACAGGAGAGAGAGAAAGAGGGUACAAGAGAGAAAAAAAGGAGAGUGAGAAUGCAAGAGAGAGAGGGCAAGAGAGAGAGAGAGGAAGGGAAAUAAUGAGAGAGAGACGCACACAAUGAGAGAGGAUCAUGAGGCAGAAGAGCGUUAAGAGCAAAAUAAAGAGAGAGUUGAAGUACAGAGGAAAAUGUGAAAGAAAAAAAGAGAAGAAUAGAAAUAUAAUUUAGAGAGCAGAGACAGAGAGAGAUUAUUAUUUGUCUUUUAAUACAUUUUAUAUAUUAGUAUUUAAGGUUUUAUAUGCUGUAUAUUUAUAUGUUGUGUAAUAUGAUACGCACACACACAUAAAUUAAUAUCUCUAGGCUAAUAUUGCAGACGCAAACAUAUGGACUAUUGCAUUGUCUUCUAGUGCUUUUUAAUUGGUGGAAAAGUAUUUUGGCCCAAAUGCUUUAGACUUGAUAAUGGGAGCAACGUCCUACGACGUCUCGUUCCGAAAUGCCGUUAAAUCACUAAAAAAUGAACUAAGUGGGACUGAAAAACCAAAAUAAGGCAUGACAUGUGACGAUGUGUGUACGCACACACAAACAUGAAACAAACUGGGUCCGUGUGUUUGUGUAAAGUAGCUCUAGCCAGCAGAUGUACAUGGUUGGAGAUAGCCGGCUUACAGCUGCUGUCCGAUCUGUGAGUGCGCAGGUUAUCCAUGGAGUAUGAGUCACACUUCCAGGGUCUGCAGAGUGGGGGAGUUUUCAUGUAGAUUAAAGCUCCAUCCACUGUAGAGGUCAAGAACUCGUCAUCUUUACUCCCCAGGCCAAAACAAACUCACAAUGAUCUACUACUGCUUUCAUUUUAAAGUUCCCGUCUCUUAUCCUUUCAUUUCCCUCCAAAACUCAUUAAUCCCGGUGCGUAUUCCCGCCCAAAAUACUGGCAAAAUAGAAACGUAAUUGUAAUAUCUGAUUUCCCCUUUCCCCCUCCCCGAGUUAUAAUUAUUAGCAAUAUAUAUUGAAAAAACUGUAUUUAACCAUUUCGUAACUUGUUUUUUUAUUUAUUUUUUUUUUUAUUCAAACUAUAGUAUAUUGUUUAUUGGACAUAAGAGGUGCAUUAUUGGAUACAAUAACAAUUUUGUGUAUACUUUACUUUAAACAAAUAAUUAUAUACAGUACAUCUUUUACAGAAAAUAAAUAUUGGAGGAAUAACAUGUUUAAGACGUAAUUUAUCCCGUAUUUUUCAAUAAUUUUUAAAUAUUAAAACGGAAGCUGAAUUAACAUUUCUUAAAUUUGCAAUAGUUGUUACAAAAUAAAUAAAUAAAUAAAUGUAAAAGUGGAUUUUAUACAUGAUAAUAUAUCAGUGACAUUUUACGGUAGCCAAAACUUGUAACAAACAGAGAGCUAAUUUUAUAUUCUGCCAAGAUUAUGGGAUAUUUUAACAUAAAGAUCCAAAACCUCCAGCAUUAUAAACAUUAUUAUGACAGAACCCUCAUUUCAUUGUUGUAUUGAUCACAAAGAUUGACAAUUACACCCUCAGUACUAGAAGUUGUUUAUUUUAUUGUCAGGAAUUCAUCUGUAUCGUGUUGUUUUUUUUUUCCAAAGAAAUGUAGUUAAUAAAUAUAGGAAACAUACAUUCAUUAAACGUAGUUGUAAUAAAGCUCAGGACUGUGGCCUAGCUCCACAGAUGGAGGCCCCAAAUAACGAGAUACUGCCUGAUACCCACUGGGGGUGGUCGGACGAGGACUCCAGGUUGGGAACAUAUAAGGCGGAUAGAAGAUGGGGAAUGCACUUGGGAAGCUCAGGCGUUUUUUCAUUUAGUAAGAGCACAAGGGAGGCGUGAAAUGGUCCAAUAUCACCCCUGUCUCCAAUGUUGGGAGGUAUGGAAUCAAGAAAGGUGGGUGGAGCUUCAAGAGCGCACAGCCAGUGAUGUAACAUACUUAGCUGGCAACACCCAUAAUCGGCGCGAAAGUCUAGGUUGUCAGAAAGCACACCCAUGAAGGGACAUGUCAGCCAGGUGUCAAGCAUGCCAGACUAACAAACAGCCUGUCCGACCGCCCCCCAACCUACAGGACCACACAGAGAGUGCUGUUGAAGUGCUCUCUGCAUAGUCCUUGUGCCCACUGCACAGUACAAGCGCCUCUAGCAAUGUACUCGAGCCAUGCUGCCUCCAUCAGGGGACACCAGUGAAUUAACUGGGAUGGCUGGAUGGGACUCCAACUUUGGGACUGUCCCACCAAAAGCAGAACAGCUGGGGACAAGACUGAGAAAUUCACUCCAAUAAAACUACGAGAGGUAAUAUUUCCUGUUUCCGCACCAUCUCUACUCAUUCUGAGUACUUCAUAAAGGUAUACUCUUUAUCAAAUACACACAUUGACUGUGUGGAAAUUUUAUUGAAAUUCUAAUGUAGUCAGAAUAUAUUAUAAGACUAAGUUAGGACUACUUCGUCUUUUAGUGAAACCCCAAGAUGACAAAAGCCAGAGAUGUAACACUCGAGUUUUGACAAUUCCCACGUAAAAUAUCUCACACCUACUUAUAAUAUCCCACGUAUAAUAUCUCACACCUACUUAUAAUAUCCCACAUAUAAUAUCUCACACCUUUUUAUAAUAUCCCACGUAUAAUAUCUCACACCUGCUUAUAAUAUCACACGUACAAUAUCUUACACCUACUUAUAAUAUCCUACGUAUAAUAUCUCACAACUACAUAUAAUAGCCCACGUACAAUAUCUCACACCUACAUAUAUUAUCUCACAUAUAAUAUCUCACACCUACUUAUAAUAUCCCACAUAUAAUAUCUCACACCUACUUAUAAUAUCCCAUAUAUAAUAUCUCACACCUGCUUAUAAUAUCCCACAUAUAAUAUCUUACACCUACUUAUAAUAUCCCACACCUGCUUAUAAUAUCCCAUAUAUAAUAUCCCACACCUGCUUAUAAUAUCAGACGUACAAUAUCUUACACCUACUUAUAAUAUCCUACGUAUAAUUUCUCACACCUACUUAUAAUAUCCAAUGUAUAAUAUCUCACAACUACAUAUAAUAGCCCACGUACAAUAUCUCACACCUACAUAUAAUAUCUCACACCUACAUAUAUCUCACAUAUAAUAUCUCACACCUACUUAUAAUAUCCCAUAUAUAAUAUCUCACACCUGCUUAUAAUAUCCCACAUAUAAUAUCUUACACCUACUUAUAAUAUCCCACACCUGCUUAUAAUAUCAGACGUACAAUAUCUUACACCUACUUAUAAUAUCCUACGUAUAUUAUCUCACACCUACUUAUAAUAUCCCACAUACAAUAUCUCACACCUACUUAUAAUAUCUCACACCUACUUAUAAUAUCCCACGUAUAAUAUCUCACACCUACAUAUAAUAUCUCACACCUGCUUAUAAUAUCAGACGUACAAUAUCUUACACCUACAUAUAAUAUCUCACACCUACUUAUAAUAUCCCACAUACAAUAUCUCACACCUACAUACAAUAUCUCACACCUACUUAUAAUAUCCCACGUACAAUAUCUCACACCUACAUAUAAUACCUCACACCUACUUAUAAUAGCCCACAUAUAAUAUCUCACACCUACAUAUAAUAUCUCACACCUACUUAUAAUAUCCCACAUAUAAUAUCUCACACCUACAUAUAAUAUCUCACACCUACUUAUAAUAUCCCACGUACAAUAUCUCAUACCUACAUAUAAUACCUCACACCUACUUAUAAUAUCCCACAUAUAAUAUCUCACACCUACAUAUAAUAUCUCACACCUACUUAUAAUAUCCCAUUUAUAAUAUCUCACACCUUCCAUUCCGGAAAGGUGAGUAGAUUAGUCUUCUACCAAUGUUAGGAAAUAGAGACUCUAGCUGCAAUAAGCAAGUGACAUGAUGGGAUUAAUGGUAAUGGAUUUAAUUGAUAUGUUGUUACAUUUUAUUAAAUGUGAAGUUCCACGCUCACAGUAUGGCAUUUUAUUGCCUAUAAUCACGUUACCUCCCCAAGCACAGCAAAGUAUGCUGGCAUUUGAAAAAUAAAGACUUAUAAUUCAAUGCAAAUAAUUUAAAAUAUAUGAACCACUUUCUGUUUAGCUGGUAUGAACUCCAAGAGUUUAGUCUGUCACUUGCAUUUUCUAUCUGCAAUGAUUUCAUCAAGUCUAGAACAUUUAAUUGAAAAAUAGGCAUUUUUGGCAUCUCGUAAUCUCUUUGAAAUAUUAUAAAGUAUAUCUUGUACCUUUUUGUGCUGAACUUUGAUUCAUGCCAUAUUGUUCCACUCCAACAGGAUUUAACUGGGCUCUUGGCUGCAUAUUAAAAAUGAAAGUUAUCCUUGACUUUUUUUUGAAUUUUAUUAUUAUUAAGUGUUUUGAGCAGUACAUACAGUACAAUAACACAUAGGGAAAGUGACACUUUUUUCAAGAGAUAUGCAUAAAAGACAGAAAUAGUACAGAAUAGGAUAAAAAAAGUAGUUUGAAAAAUGUGACUGGUUUUAGUUUUCAAAACUCAAAGUUCUUUGCAAAAUAUUGCUUUCAUAACCAUGUCCAGAUUUUUUCUUUAUUUACUCUGUCUUGUGACUUUUGUGUUCAGUAAUUUUCAAUCACAUGUUUGAGCUAAAUAUUCUAGAACGGCGUACCUGUAUUUCAUGUUUCUAUUGCUGUGCGACAAUACCUGGCCGCCAUGCUGGGCGUGUCUUUCUUUGCCUGAAACAGACCAACCUGGUACUGAGGAUUGCCUUUAAAAAAGAUGACAUUAAAAAAGUCAACUCAAAUGAAUUGCCGUCAUUAUAGGCGUUACAGAUGAAUGAAUCUUAGAUGUAAAUUCACCCGCAAUAGAAUCUCUCCAAACCCUAACUCCAAAUCUCCAAAACCCUAAACUCCUUCCAACACUAAACUCUACUUUUCAUAAAUACCUGUAAUAAUAAUAAUAAUAACACUAAUAAUAAAAAUAUCUUUAGUGCUACAGAGUCCCUAGUCUGACGUUUUCUCAUAAUAAUCCAAUAUUCUUACCCCACAAACCCCAGCCCCCCAAAAUCCAUCGCUACAUCGUAAUUAACUUUUCUGUGUUUUAUAUAUUGAUGUUCAAAUUGAAAACUUGUGUUCUGACUGUCUUAUUUUACAUUGAUAUGGAAUAUGUCUGCUCAGUGACAGAGAUAAUAAUCCUGUCUUUAAAGGGAUAUUAUAGCUAUUAAAAUAAUUUAGCUUAAUGAAGCAGUUUUGAUUUAUAGAUCAUACCCCUGUAGUCUCACUGCUCAAUUCUCUGCCAUUUAGGAGUUAAAUCAGUGGUGUAAAUUCUGGUUUUGUGCUGCCCUAGGCAUGACAAAACUCAGGCACCGCCACCCCCUCUUCUAAAUUUCUCUUACCGACAGAUACACACCCUCACUGAUGCAUCCACUGGCAUACACUUUCUUACAGAUACACAGUCAUUGUCACACACACUCUUUAACCAAUACACACUUUCAUUGAAAUGUACACAUUCACAGACAUACACACUCACUCACUCACUCAUUCAUAGUUACACACACACUCACAUACACCGACAGACACACAUAUACACUAACUGACAGACACAUACACACUCACUGACAAGACACCAAUGCAUACUCACUGACAGACGUACACUCACUCAUUGUCAUACACACACGCACACACAUACACACUGGGACACACAUAUACUCAUUGACAGAUACACAUACACACUCACUGACAGGCAUAUAUACACUCAGUGUCAGACACAUACAUUCACUGACAGACACACACACACUAACAGACAUACACAUUCACUGACAUACACACACUCUCAGUGACAGACACAGAUACACACACUGACACACACAUACACUGAUAAACACACAUACAUACACACUGACAAACACAUAUACACUCUCAAUGACAAACACACAUUCACACUCACUGACAAACACAUAUACACUCUCAGUGACAGACACAUAUACUCUUUGGCCGACACACACACACACACACACACACACACACACACACACACAUUCUAACAGGCACACACACACACACACACACUCUAACAGGUACACACCUUAACAGAUACACACACUCUCAAUAACAGACACUCUCACUGACACACACUAACAUUCACUAACAGGCACACAGUCUGUUUAAUUUAGAAUUUCUUAUCUCCUGCUCUGUUAAUAGUCUUUUAGACUGUGAAGGAGCCUCUUGUGUUUGAUUAAAGUUCAAUUUACAGAACAGGAGAUAAAAUCUUCUACAGUAAGUUAGCAUCUGAUUGAAAAUGAACCCAUUUUUUAUGCAGGCUGUGUCAGUGACAACCAACCAUAAACAGAAACAAAGGUGAUUUAACUCCUAAAUGGCAGAAAAUUGAGCAGUGAGUCUGCAGGGGCAUCAUCUAUACACCAAAACAUCGUCCUUAACUCCUUAAGGACCGCGGACGUACUAGGUAUGUUCCACGAAACAACGGUCCUUAAGACGUCGAUCGGGGUACGUUCGGGGCAAAUAUAUUCCUUACCUGAUUGCUGCUGUUCCCCCGAUCGGUGUUGCUCCCGGUCUGGGGGGAAAAAACGAUCACAUGGCCGCAAUAGGCAUCCAUAGUGCUGCCUACCAGGGCUGUCAGGCAGUUUCCCUGCUGCUGAAAAAUAAAAAAAAUAUAUACAGCUUGAUUUUCAGUUUUUUCACAUUGAAAUUUGACAGAUUGGUUAUGUUGCCUUUAAGACUGAAUGGUAGCCCAGGAAUGAGAAUUACCUCCAUGAUGGCAUACCAUUUGCAAAAGAAGACAACCCAAGGUAUUGCAAAUGGGGUAUGUUCAGUCUUUUUUAGUAGCCACUUAGUCACAGACACUGGCCAAAGUUAGCAUUCAUAAUUGUUUUUUGCAUUUUUGACACACAAACAAAUAUAAAUGCUAACUUUGGCCAGUGUUUGUGACUAAGUGGCUACUAAAAAAGACUGGACAUGCCCCAUAUUGAAUACCCUGGGUUGUCUACUUUAAAAAAAAUAUGUACACGUGAGGUGUGAUUCAGAGAUUUAUGACAGAUAACAGUGUUACAAUGUCACUAUUGAUACAUUUGAAAAUAUAUUUUUGAAACAGCAAUGUUCUACAUUGUACUUAUAGCCCUAUAACUUGCAAAAAAAAGAUAAGAACAUGUUAAAGUUACACUAUAGUCACCUAAAUUACUUUAGCUAAAUAAAGCAGUUUUAGUGUAUAGAUCAUUCCCCUGCAAUUUCACUGCUCAAUUCACUGUCAUUUAGGAGUUAAAUCACUUUGUUUCUGUUUAUGCAGCCCUAGCCACACCUCCCCUGGCUAUGAUUGACAGAGCCUGCAUGAAAAAAAACUGGUUUCACUUUCAAACAGAUGUAAUUUACCUUAAAUAAUUGUAUCUCAAUCUCUAAAUUGAACUUUAAUCACAUACAGGAGGCUCUUGCAGGGUCUAGCAAGCUAUUAACAUAGCAGGGGAUAAGAAAAUCUUAAUUAAACAGAACUUGCAAUAAAGAAAGCCUAAAUAGGGCUCUCUUUACAGGAAGUGUUUAUGGAAGGCUGUGCAAGUCACAUGCAGGGAGGUGUGACUAGGGUUCAUAAACAAAGGGAUUUAACUCCUAAACGGCAGGGGAUUGAGCAGUGAGGCUGCAGGGGCAUGUUCUAUACACCAAAACUGCGUCAUUAAGCUAAAGUUGUUCAGGUGACUAUAGUGUCCCUUUAACAUUGGGUAUUUUUAAACUCAGAACAAAAUUUAGAAACUAUUUAGCAUGGGUGUUUUUUUUGCAGUUGUAGAUGCGUAACAGAUUUUGGGGGUCAAAGUUAGAAAAAGUGUGUUUCCUUAAGUUUUUUCAUCAUAUUUUAUAAUUUUUUUUAUAGUAAAUGAUAUGAUAUGAUGAAAAUCUUGGUAUCUUUAAAAAGACCAUUAAAUGGCGAGAAAAACUGUAUAUAAUAUGUAUGAGUACAGUAAAUGAGUAAGAGGAAAAUUACAACUAAACACAAACACUGCAGAAAUUUAAAAACAGCCCUGGUCCUUAACGGUAAGAAAUUUGAAAAACGGUCUGGUCACUAGGGGGUUAAGCUAAAGUUGUUUUGAUUUAUGGUAUCCCUUUAAUCUCUGUGUUCUAUAUCUAAUCUCUCUCUGUCUGUAUUUUUACAUUUUUCUCAGUACUUUAUAUAGCUCACAGGGUAAAGUUAUACUGGAUGAGUAAAGGUCCACGAAAACCUAGAAAAUCCAGGGAAACUAAUAAUUAAGAGAUAAAAAAGGGUUUCAUAAUCUAAUAUUAACGUGAAUAACAAAUGGAUUCCGAUAACAAUAUAAAAAGUGACAUACAACUAGCAGAGCGAAUGGAUAUGUCUAUAGACUAUUUCGGUAUCUUCUAGUCAAAACAAGUUUGUGAAAUGAUCGUCUAGAACUUCUUGUUGUCACCAGUUUUUUGAUAUCAGAGAUAAUGUUGUCGAAUUAUAACUUCAUGGGCGUGAAAUGUUGGUGAAAUUUGCUACAUUAGCACAACCGAGUGAAUGAAUUUAACUGUAUGGAUCAGGAAGGGUUAAUAGCGUUGCAUCGCUAUCUCUGUAGUGAUUGGAAUGAAAACUUCCUAAUAGUUCAGGCCAGGCUGAGUAUGCCACUGUCUCUCACUGCUCUCAUACACACGCAAGCUUAUUUAUUAAACUGGGAAUUGUCUGAAAGAAGAAAUAUUUUAGGCUGAAAUAGCCAAGCUGCAAAUUUUCUCCAACUCUGUUAUUCCAGGUCAGCUAGUUUGGCCCACAGUUUGCACUUCUUUGGUCAAUUACUGACCCCGUCCAGUUUAGUUGUCCUGGUCUAGAUCAUAGCUCCCAACUUCAGGGUCCUUUCAACCCAGAAGCUGGUGGGAUGGUGGAAAUCGAGGGUGGCCAGUAAUGCAAUCGCAUCUUUAGUGAUGGCAGAAGGGUGCAGUCCAAUAAAAAAAGGACAUGACCAGUGACUGUCAACGACCCCUCUCAGUAUUACCUCUCCCGAUCUGCAUACCUCCCAAUGUUGAGAAGAAUCAAAUGAGCUAACAAUCUCAGAAGUGGCAUAGAAAAGUAAAAAAUACAGAAACUCCUGCCAUUCUGCUAACGUUUUCAAACCCGUGUCUACGUUUAGCAGUUUGGUGCUUUGAGACUUAAUAUUCCAAUUGUUUAUUAUGAUUUAGUUACAGACAGUUGUAAUAUACGCCCCCACCCCCCACACUACUAUCCCCCUAACAAAAAUAAAAUAAAUCACACAAUCAUUUAUUUUAUUAUUUUCCGAUCUCAUCGAAGAUUGUUCCAGAUCAUUACUGGCCGAGUAGGAGCCCAUUGCCUCUCACUUCCCCUUGAAAUCACGUUAUAUAGUAAAACUGUCGUCACCUCUGCAAUUCUGGAUCUCUUCCUCUGUCAAAUGCCCAGCGCAUUCCAAUACAUUAACCCCCUCAGUGCUGCCAUGCUCCAUUGUAUCACAAAACAAAGCAUUGAGAAGAUGUAAUCAGUAUUAUUCAUUUAUCGGUUUGCUGAAGUUCAUGUUACAGACAUAAAUGUCUUUUAGUUUUAUUUUAUUUUAACUUAUUUGCUUCCAAUAUUAUUAUUAUUUUUUUAUAAACAGAGUAAAUAUUUAUUGGAAAUCUGUGUUCAAAGCUAGAAUGUGAAAGGAAUACUCCAAGGACCAUAACCACUACAACUGUAUCCCACUUGUUUUUGGUAUUUUCCAUAACCACUACAGCCAGUUUGGUACAAAGAGUACCCUGGCACCCUCUCAGAAUAAGUAUUAAAAGCAUUUAGGAAAGGUUUGAUAAUUUAACCAGGGUCUGCCAGGUGCCCAUCGCUACCUCCCCUGGAACGCUUGCAAGCUAAUCCCUGCCAUGCAAGGUAAUGCCAUGCCUUGCCAGGACCUACUUAUUGGCUGAAAGUGUCACCCAAUAAAUGCAACCCUAAAUCCCAGGUUUUGUUCAGUGCAGGAGCUUCUAGCUGUAGAGGACACCAAGAAAUGUGUCAAAUCAUUCUUAAAUACCAAGGGACUCCUAAUACCAUAACUACUACAGCCCACUGCAGUGGUUAAGCUUUCUGCAGAAGUGGAUAUGGUGCUUGGUGUUGCCUGGUGUGAUCUGUUAACUUGGGAUAAAUUAUUCUAAUCAAGAAAAUGUAAACUAAAUUUACUAAAUUCUAAUUUUAAUUUAUUUGUUGAGUUGUGGAGGGAUAUUAUUUUCCCCAUUAUAUGGUAUUCCUAAUACUGCAACAAUUUAGGCACGGUCUGAAUCAGAAUUAAGCAUGUCAAAAGUAGAUAAAUAAAAUUGGCUAAAGCAAGGUUUCUGUAGAAUACAUGCAACUAAUGGAUGAUAUUGCAGCUUGCAUAAAAGCCCUGUAGUAUGCCUAGAUACCCAUUCCAGCUGCCAGAAUAUUGUCAAUAUACUUUGAGCCAUGUAAGUUUGUACAUUAAGAGGGAGCUAUGCAAAAUUAAUUGUCGCCUCUUUUUACACAGGGAUGGGAGGAUAAGGGUACUACCAAGGAUAUAAUGAAAUUGCUAUCUAAGAUUUUCACUGGUACUCUAUUCAUUAAUGGAAAAUAAUAGGCAAAUGAACUACUAGAAAAUGAACCAAAUUAACAUAUAUGUCUCCCGGUGUACAUGUCCAACAACUAAAAAUGUUCUCUUGAUCUACACAGUAAUGGAUAACCUCUGGCACUCCAGCUGUUAUAUACAAUGUUUUUACUGAUACUUGCCCAUCCAUUGUGUCUGAAAGGGUACUGGUGUCAGAAAUUCUUUAGACACUCGACUAGAUUAUAGAACAUAAAGAGGAACUGGUCUAUUUUUUGGAAGAGCAUCUACUGCACUUUUGGUAGGUCUAUGCAACCAUGCUCCUCGAACGCUCUGCAUGUGGACAUGUGAGGUCAUAAUGUUUCUGUUAGCAUUACAGACCUUGUCCAAAAUUUCUAUCCACCUACUGUUUCCGUAAAUAUUAACUGACAAACUGAUUAAACUGAUAAUUGAUCAAUUUAAAUGUGUGUACGUUCAUUUUCUUGGGUACCACGGAACCACAAAGCGUAAAAAAUGCAGUUUUGUCCCAGUUUAUUUUUAUGUGUACAUUGUUUUUCAAUUAAAAAUAAGCUAGUUAUAAUUGGAUUAACUCAGAGAAAUGUAGCUGAACCAAAACAUUAUCACAUUUUGAGACACAUUGCUCAUUCGCAAUAUUUAUUAACUCAAUUCUACUCCCUGGAACUUUACUAAAAUGUGCGUUGAACAAUUUAUUUUUAUUUUAUUAUAAAGCAAACCGUUUUGAAGAAAAGCUGUUUUAUAAAUAUGUUUUCAUGCUUAAGAGGCAGUGUAAGGGUUAAUAAUAUUUGUUGGCUGUGACUGUUUUAUUUUUUUUGUGUGCAUUUUUUUUUUUAGCAGCUUUUACAGCCUCAGUGAGGAACACAGUGAGAUGUGAUACAUUAAGAUUAAUGGUAAUCUGAAAAAAAAAAUUACUUGUUGAAAAAAGUCCAGAAUAACAAAAAAAAGAAAAAAAAAAGUAAAAAAUGACGUGUCAGUUGAACUCAUGUUAAAGAGAAACUCCUGCUGUAAAUUUUCUUGGUUGGUAUUUAUAAUAAAAAAAAGAAAAAAAAUCACAGUCGUGAAGGUAUUAAUUACACCAACGUUACAGGAAGAAUUUGUGGAAUUGCUGAACGCAGUGGCACAGCCUAGUACGGAGUGAUGGGGCGAACUGCAGGAGAGCAAGCUCGUUCUAAAAGAAUAUUAGGUUUAUUGUGUUAGAAUAAUGCAAUUCUAGACAAAACAAUGAUUUAUUCGGCUAUUAUUUAGGGUCGGUAGAAGGUGGAUUAAAUUACUAUUGUUUGGUUCCAUAUUAAGGUUGUAAUUUUGUAAAGACAAAUGACCCAAAAAUGGAUCCACCAAGGUCAAGAAUUGACUGGGAUAUAAAUCCAGAUCAAUAAUUAAUAAAUAAAUAAAAAGUAAAAUUUGAGGCAAAUGCUAAUGUAAAAUAAAAUGAAUAAAUAUAAUGGGGUCCUUUUCACAUUUUAAUUGUUAUUAUUUAUAAAGCGCCAUCAAAUUAUUCUGCGCUGUACAAUAAGUGGACUAACAACAAUUGAUACUAGAGUUGAGUGUUCAGUGAUUUUUUUUAAGGGAUUGGAGACUGGGUGAAAGUCUAAUGGAGCGGGGAAGAGAGUUCCAUAGGGAAGGUGCAGCCCUAGAGAAGUCUUGACGAUGGACGUCGGAGGUGCGAGGACAGACGCAGGUCUUCGGCAGAGCGUAGGAACAUGGGACAUACUCGUGUAUUAGUGAGGAUAGGUAGGUAGGAGCAGUGCUAUGACGAGAUUUGUGAGGACCAGAGUUUGACAUCGAAUCCUAUAUCUUACGGGAAGCCAUUGAAAAGACUGUCACAGGGGAAGGAGCGGGGGAGUACAGGAAGAUAAGUCUGGCUGCAGCAUUCGUUAUUGGUAUGGUCCCUCCAAUUCCUUCGCACUACUAGUGGCAAUAUGAGGGUUAAUAAUAAGGGACGUUCUCGUUGGUCACCCACUCCAUCUUCUAACAUAUAUACAGGCCCACAGAGCGCCAAGGGAAUCCACGAAUAGUGACAAACAUCUCGCCCGAUAAAUAGGCGGUAACAAACUAGAACUUUAUAACACGUGGAAAUAGUAAAUGUUCUGGCAGAGGCACUUUAAAGACUAUUUAUAUAAAUGAGGAGAUCUCUGAUUGGAAUUGGUUAUUUUUUUAUUAUUUAUUUAACAUCUAUCCAUCAGGGAUAGAACACCUUUAAUUUAAGGGGCAUGGUGGAGCUUUAAUUAUUCUACAACCCAAUCCUCUUCUUGCUCUUUCUCUUUAUCUAUCUUUCUUUCUUUCGCUCUUUCCUUCUUUCUUUCUUUCUUUCUCUCCCUAUUUCCUUUUUUCUUUCUCCCCUCUUUCUCCAUCAUUUCCCCUCUGUGUUCAGUUUUUCUUACUAGCUUUUCUUUGUUCUCCCUUUUUUGUUUUAUUUGUAUUCCCGUUUUCUUUUAAAGGACACACACUGUCUUCGGAGUUAUUAAAGUGUUAACUUAUUAAAAUGCUGAAUUAAUGUUGAAAUUAACUGUAAAAUCACAUAUGAUGUAAAAUAAAUGAUCAACAGAUGUUUAUUCCAUCUGGACAGCUGGAAUAGCAGGUCAUGUUUGUACAGUCACUUCCAGAGGUCCAAGCUGUCAAUUACAACCGGAAACGAACGCUGUUAGCUGACCGUUCAUCAUAAAAUAUCUAUCGUUAAAAUUGGACGGGACGUCUGCAUAUCUGAACGCUAGUCAUUUAAAAAAAAUUAAAUUAUAUAAAAAAUAAAACUAUAUGUGCAGACAAUUCAGGGCAAAGCCGUCCAGUGAGUUUGUCCUCUUCUCUCAUUCAUGUGAUGCCAAAACAUUUUUUUCAUUACUACAUUUUGUUUUUCAAAAACACCUAAAGAUGGAAACUUUAAAAAAAAAAUCUUUGUACCAUAACCACUACAAUACGUUGUACUUGUUGUGACCCUUUAAAUAAUAUUUGAUAAGCCUUUUUGUUAUACAAAAACUUUUUUCCCUCAAUUUGCUAUUCUGUAUGUAGUAUUAUUCAUUUUUAUAUAAUACAUUUUUUUACCAAUUGUACAGCUGUAUUUGAAUUCAAUGUGUAUUGCUAGGUACUAACUCGGAAUAUUUUGUAACAGUGACAAUCUGUACCAAAUGACAUCACAGCUGGAAUGCAUGACUUGGAAUCAGAUGAACUUGGGAUCUUCGCUAAAGAGGUAAAAUACUUUGUAUUACUCGACAUUUUAUGUCGAGUUCUAUGUGAGUAAAUGGCAAUUCGUGGAAUGUGGAGUAAUCAACAGGAAUCACCGGGUUAUCUGCUAAAGUAAGAAUUACAUUGAAUUACAUUUAAUAUCAGAAUCGCCAUUGGAAACAUAGCUGAGUAGAGAAUUUGUCUAGUUUGAUUGUUUUGAACUUAAAUUUACAUUUCACUUGGAAUUCACCAUUAAUUCUCACAUUCGUAAAUAACCCUGUAAGUGUGGUGAUCUCUUCACAUUAGAGCUUUGAUCCCAAAUUAUGCGUAUACCUUGUAUAUCCUGUAUACCCUGUAUAUCCUGUAUAUCCUGUAUACCCUGUAUUACCCUGUAUACCCUGUAUUCCCUGUGUACCCUGUGUACCCUGUAUUACCCUGUAUACCCUGUGUACCCUGUGUACCCUGUAUUACCUUGUAUACCCAGUAUACUCUGUAUUACCCUGUAUUACCCUGUAUGCCCUGUGUACGCUGUAUACCCUGUAUUACCCUGUAUACCCAGUAUACCCUGUAUUCCCUGUAUACCCAGUAUACUCUGUAUUACCCUGUAUACCCUGUAUUACCCCGUAUACCCUGUGUACCCUGUGUAUAUCUGUGUACCCUGUAUUAUCCUGUAUAUACCCUGUAUACCCUGUAUAUACCCUGUAUUACCCUGUAUACCCUGUGUACCCUGUAUUACCUUGUAUACCCAGUAUACUCUGUAUUACCCAGUAUACCCUGUAUUACCCUGUAUACCCAGUAUACUCUGUUUUACCCUGUAUACCCUGUAUACCCUGUAUUCCAUGUAUACCCUGUAUUACCCUGUAUACCCUGUGUACCCUGUAUUACCCUUUAUAUACCCUGUAUACCCUGUAUUACCCUGUAUUACCCUUUAUAUACUCUGUAUACCCUGUAUUACCCUGUGUACCCAGUUUACUCUGUCUUACCCUGUAUAACCUGUAUACCCUGUAUUCCCUGUAUACCCAGUAAACGCUGUAUUACCCUGUAUUACCCUGUAUACCCUGUAUUACCCUGCAUACCCUGUGUACCCUGUAUACCCUGUGUACCCUGUAUUACCUUAUAUACCCUGUAUACGCAUAAGGCAAAUGAUAAGGAAGAAAAAAGAGCAACUGUUGCUUUGCCACUCGAUCCUUCUAGCUGAGCAGAUCAUUAAAAACAUUAUUUACUACAGUGAGAAUUGUUAGGAAUUCAAAGUGGAUUCAAAGUGAAUUUUAUACUCAAAAUAACUGAAUUGGAAAAAUUCUUGCAUUUGGCUAUUUUGGUCUGAAAUUUGCAAUUCUUGCAUAUUAAACCACAGAAUUGUCUGACUACAAUUUAGAGUGAACAUUUAUAUGAUUUUAUAUGUCAUGCUUCUAGAAACGUGCUUGUGAAGUAAAGUAUUUACAAGUUUGAUCUAAAACUGUUAUUUAAUAAGUAAAACGUUCCAGAUAUGUGACAGAUGAAUUAUCCUGCAGGUGUAUUGGCUUUUAACAGAAAUUGGAUUCUUAGAUAAUUUCUUUGAGAUUCUUUGAGGUUCCAGCAUUAAGUCUGGAUCUUAGAGGUGUAUUUUUUCAAAGUAACAUGACAAGUGUGUCACAACAUAAAUUAUUUUGUUCUAAGAAUUUGAGGAUUAUUUCCUAAAAGUCUAAAUUUCCCACAUAUAAUGGCGUCGUCAGAAGAAAUAACCACGACAUGCCUCAUUCAGUGCCAUUCUGCUUUGAUGGUGAAUCAACUGAAUUUCAACGAGAAUUAUUAAUUAAUUUAUCAUGAGUUUGUCAAGUUGGGGCAGAAUUAGUGAGUUCAAUCAAACACCCUUUGAUGGAUCAAAUUUAAAUCACAGAUAAACUAAAAAGAUGAGUAGGCCGGCUCACUGUGAUAUAGGGACAUAAAAUUGCAAAUAUUUGGAAAGCAGAAUGAUCCCGUAUUUCACCCCAUGUGCAGCGAGCGAGAAUUCAUUUUAUAUGUGGAUUCCACCUCUUUCUUCCUUCAUUUCACAAUUGAAAGCAAACAUAUUGGCAUUUCAGUUCAUCUUAAUGGCCUUAGCAUCCGAUUGCCUUAUAAGAAUUCACUUUAAAGUCAAUGACUAACUGAAUGAAGCAAUUCGAUUGACUUGGGACAGCCUAUUAUAAAAACUGAGUAUAAGCAUUUUUAUCUCCAUGUAUUUUGUAGUAUAAAAUCGUGUCCAUAAAACCUCACUAACCUUCAUUUAUUCUCUAGUUAUGAUUACCUGCCUGUAGAAGAACGGUUUCUCUGCCAGACGCUACUAGUUACUGAUAUAAUGCAUGUAAUGUUGCUGAAAACAUCAGCACACCCUCUACUUUCGAACAGUGCAGGAAGUGUCACUGGGUUAUAUUAUGCUCACAAUCAGGGAGGUGGGUGACAUACUUUAUGUCUAAAGAGCGUGUCUUCUUGUUUUUUCAUUUUUCAAAAAGUACAGAUUUAAAUAAAAAUAUACACUCUUUAACCUUGUUUCACCCUCCCUUCCUCUGGCUUUUAAUCAGACAGACUGUCCUGUUACUUCCUGGUUUGGUUAGCUCAGUGAAGCUAAAUUUAAGAGGCAGCAAUUGCCCACAGCACCUGCCUUGCAAACACUUCUCAUUGAGCUGCUUUGGGAAGUCUGUGAUUGGACAACCAUAAAAAGUCAGGGUGGGGUUAGAAGGGGAGGGCUUGCAAAGUCUGCAGCCAAAAGAUCUGCAGCUUUUGCAUACUGCGUUUAGAAAUACCCCCAAUAUAAAAAUGCAUAAUUAAAUGCAAGCAUGUUUCAUUGUGGGUAUAUCUCUCAACAGUAUUUAUUUUGUAUUUGAGCAGCAGAGGGUCCUUUCAUUUUUUACUUUUUAAUUUAAAUGAAUUCGUAUUUUUCACAAAUUGCACUGAGUAGAGAAGAACGCUAUACAUUUAAAGGAUAGAUACAACUACUUGUUGGAUGGCUUUUUCUUCAGUGCAAUUUUACAAAAAGCUUCCGAUUAGUGUACGUGUGACAUGUAACACAUUUGGUUUUAAGGGCAUCUGAAUUGAUUGCUUGCUGUUUCUAUGCAAAUAAAUUUUGAUAUAGUCUGGAGGCAGGUGGUCUUUGAUUAAUUAUCGUCUUUUCUCCCAAGAAAUGUCUUGUCCCUGCAUAUACCGAUGGGAAUGGGUGGGAUCUCUAUUUUUAUCAUGGGGAUUUGACUUGACCUUAGUUAACAACAAGUUAUGACACAUUUAGAGCCAGGGUCCACCGUGGGUCUUCUAGAGACUGUGUAUAGGUUUAGCAAUAAAGGCACCAAUGUAAGAUAAGACAUUAGGGUCCCCCUGGCCUACUGUUUAAGCACUACAGUUUAAUUUAAGAGUUUAGCACACCCUCAUCCAAUAGCUCAGACAUGCUAUUAACCCCUGUAAUAGUGAAUGAAAGAAAAGAACAUGUGAUCAACUCCCCUACUUAUGGAGGGUUUUUCCCUCCCCCCCCCCCGACCUUUAGAUAUUAUUAACUUCCUUCACAGCACAAAAUAAGCCAUGGUUCCUAUCUGGUCUUUGGGUAAAUUAGCCCCUAUUCAGUAAAUACAAAUGUAUUAAAAUGCAAAACACUGUAUUACAAAUUAUAGGGGAUAUAGAAAGGAGCAGGGGGCGGCCACAUGUUCUACAAGCAGAACAUAUUUUAUUCUGCUAUACUCUAUCUAUCUAUUUAUCUAUCUAUCUCUUUAUCUAUCUAUCAAUCUAUCUAUCUGUCAUCUAUCUAUCUAUCUAUCUAGCUCUCUAUCUAUCGAUCUAUCUAUCUAUCUAUCUAUCUAUCUAUCAAUCUAUCUAUCUAUCUGUCUAUCUAUCUAUCUAGCUCUCUAUCUAUCGAUCUAUCUAUCUAUCAAUCUAUCUAUCAAUCUAUCUAUCUGUCUAUCUGUCUAUCUAUCUAUCUAUCUAUCUAGCUCUCUAUCUAUCGAUCUAUCUAUCUAUCUAUCUAUCAAUCUAUCUGUCUAUCUAUCUAUCUAUCUAUCUAUCUAUCAAUCUAUCUAUCUGUCAUCUAUCUAUCUAUCUAUCUAUCUAUCAAUCUAUCUAUCUGUCAUCUAUCUAUUUAUCUAUCUAGCUCUCUUUCUAUCUAUCUAUCUAUCUAUCUAUCUAUCUCUUUAUCUAUCUAUCUAUCUAUCUAUCUAUCUAUCUAUCUAUCUGUCUCUAUAUCUAUCUAUCUGUCAUCUAUUUAUCUUUCUGUCUAUCUAUCUUUCUGUCUAUCUCUCUGUCUGUCUAUCUGUCUAUCCAACUAUCUAUCUUUUUGUAAAUGAUGUUUUUAUUAAGGUUUUUUUUACACAAUAAUACGGCAUACUUUGAUACAGUUGAAACAGUGCAUGAAUAAUAAUCAGAUAUAUAAUGUGAAAAUGUUAAAGUACCACUAUAGUGCCAGGAAAACAUACUCGUUUUCCUGGCACUAUAGUGCCCUGAGGGUGCCCCCACCCUCAGGGACCCCCUCCCGCCCGGCUCUGGAAGGGGGAAAAGGGUUAAAAACUUACCUUUUUCCAGCGCUGGGCGGGGAGCUCUCCUCCUUCUCUCCUCCUCCGUUCCUCCUCCUGGGCUGAAUGCGCACGCGCGGCAAGAGCUGCGCGCGCAUUCAGCCCGUCGCAUAGGAAAGCAUUUACAAUGUUUUCCUAUGGACGCUUGCGUGCUCUCACUGUGAAAAUCACAGUGAGAAGCACGCAAGCGCCUCUAGUGGCUGUCAAUGAGACAGCCACUAGAGGAUUAGGGGGAAGGCUUAACCCAUUCAUAAUUAUAGCAGUUUCUCUGAAACUGCUAUGUUUAUAAAAAAAUGGGUUAACCCUAGAAGGACCAGGCACUCAGACCACUUCAUUAAGCUGAAGUGGUCUGGGUGCCUAGAGUGGUCCUUUAAAUGUUAAAUAUAUGUGGCAUAUGUCUUUAGCAAAUGCUCAUUAUAUUAACGGCAGUGAAGGAGAACCCAGAAAAGAAAAGACAAGAUGGAUAAAUGUGAAAAGACAAGAACAAAUAGAGUUAGGCCCAGGGGAUAUGGAGUAUAUACGUGACCUAAUGGGGAAGCAUUUCCAUUCAACAAGACUUGGAAAGAUUCUGAGGUUGAGGUGACUAUCCGUGAGUCCAGAGAACUCUGCUUUGGAUGGCCAAGCUAUAGGUAGACAGAUUUGCCAGCAGGCCAUAUUUGAUUGGCUACUUUAUUGAUUUAUUUGUUUUGGGACGCUUUUAGAAAUUGUCUGCCAAUGCAGUUCCUUAGCCAUUCACCCCAAGUAAUGAACAAUAUGGGUCAAUUUUGGGAUAAUAGAGUUCAACUGAUGAUAAAUAGAGUAAAAUUAAAGGGACACUCUGGGCACCAAAUGUGAUAUAGCUUGGACUUCAUAAGCUAAAGUGAUUUAACUCGUGAUGUUUCGACUAAUUGGUAGAGAAUUGAGCAAUUUAACUGCAGUGGCAUGAUCUAUACAUCAAAACCAAUUUGUUAGGGUAAAGUUGCGACAUACCUGCAUAACGACGGCUUGGACUUACAACCAGCUCUCCAACUUCAGGGAUUCGAGGGAUUCCCCAUGUUAGAGAGCUGGUCUAUGUUUGGGCAAUUUCCUCCAAACAUAAAUUAAAGGGAUUCCCUAUGCUAGUGAGCUGGUCUAUGUUUUGGGGAAUUUCCUCCAAACAUAAAUUAAAGGGAUUCCCUAUGCUAGUGAGCUGGUCUAUGUUUUGGGGAAUUCCUCUGAACAUAGUCAUACUCACUAGCGCAUCCUCACUUACUGACCAAUUUGAUUUGCGACUGAGUCGUAAGAAAGGUACCCGAUCUGUACGUGAGGAUCACCUACAAUACAAUUUUACAAUUUUUUUUUUAUUCUUUUAAUUUAUGAUUAAACUGUUCACCUCCCAAGUGACCUUCUUACAUGGCAACGUCCUAAGUCCAUCAGUGUAAAGCCUGUGCCGCUAAGUGUGAAGUCCCUGUGGCUCCAAAUUUUUGUAUUAUACAUUACCCCUCUCACAUGGGGCUGUUCGCCUAUCUACCCCUUCUUUCCAGUCUGAUGUCUCUGUUUUAUAGGAAUCCAAAGUGUAUAAAAUACCUGACACCCCAUAGUAUGCAGUGUGUAAAGGUGUAUCCCACAUCUACACAUUCCCAAUGCGGCACUAAAAUUCACAGUAAUGUUAGGAAUAUAUAACUGUGUCACAGUCUGCAUGUAUAUUAAAUAUACAUAGUCUUAAUUACUGGUUCCUAAGCAAGAUGUUCCUGCUUCUCUAAAUGUGAUUCCAUAUAUUGAAUGGUUAUUCACUAAAGCGAGAAUUGCCGGGAAUUAAAUUAAAUGAACAAUUAAUUAAAUAGCGCCAACAUAUCCCAAACGAGCGAAAAUGUAACAUUUUAAAUUAAGGUAACAAUUAGCAGAAUUGGAAACAUAGCUGACUUGGAGAAUUAAGUGAAUAAUGCAAAACAUUAAUUGAACUUGUUUUAGAAGUGCGCAAAUUUGAUCCCUAUAAAGCAGUAGACAACAUGAUGUCAUAUAUUCACAGUUAGGGUCAUAAUAGGAAAUGACCUCACUUAGCAACCUCUGAUAAAUUCUUCCCACUAGGGUAUCCAAAAAUGGAACUUAUCAACGUAUUAAUAUGGGGGCAGUGGAGCUUAUAUACUUCAACCUUGACCAGAAUCAAGACUAAGUGUAAAGAUGAAAAUGUGAAGGUAUUAUCUGGAGAUAAUUUCUAGAAAAAGAAAAAUUUUAAUAAACUAUUCUAUGAGAAGAGAAUGAAAUAAACUUUCAUGUUGCACGUCCAAAAGUUCACAGACUGUGUGAAACAAAGAAUUUGACUUGAUCAUACUUUCAGGAUAAAGAAUGAAAAUUUACACAAAUGAUCUAUAGUAUUUAAAAAAAGAAUGCAGGGAAACGAGAUGAAAGGUUUUGUGUUUUUUAAAGGCUAAAGUUGCAGAAUCUGUGGAAAAUCAACUGUAGACAUAGCCUCAUCUUUGAGACGUAGAGCCAAAAUAUUUAUCUGUCUUACUUGGCUUGGAGUUACGAAGCGAAGUUCAGUAUUUGUGAUAUCAAUGGUCAUAAACAUAAGCUUUCCUCUUACUUAUUCCAAAAGAUUUUCAUCUGUAAAAUAUAUGGACUGUUCAGAAAAUAAUUCUUUAGAAUUUAGUUUUUUUUACUCUUUAGAAACAAGCAGGGAUUCUGUGCAAGAGAAUGAGCAAAAUUCAUAUAUGUAGAAAAAUGAUAUUCAGGGGUCAUGUGUAAGUUAUAAUAAUAUAGAUUUAAAGGAAUACUGCAGUAAUAUGGAUAGAACAAUUUAUAUAUAACCUUGUGGGUUAUCGGGUUAAUCUUGGAUUGAUUUGUCCGGAUAUGUAUUAAAAGGCAAUUAAAUCAGACAGAUUAUUGAACAAGUCUAAUAAAAAGUGAACUUUCUUCUAAUUCAGCAGAGAGGGUCUCCUCUCCCAGCUCCACUGUACCCCUAAUAGAUCAACAGGACUGAUGAUAUUCCAGCCAAAUGCUUUAUACAGAGAAAAACUGGCAGGCAGGAUUCAUAUGAAGCAAUCGCCACACUUUAUGGUAGUGUCAAUUCCUCUUGAAAUCUAGAUUUUAAUUAAUUGUGAAAGGACACUCCGUUUACCCUUAAAGCACUUUAGCUAGCCGUACUACACACUUCAGUAUUACAUACUUUUAUAUAUUACAUGAGCAUUUAAAUUAGGGUUAGAGCUAGGCUAGAAUUAGGGUAGGGUUCCCUUAAUCUUAUGGUAGAACCAGGAUGCACAUGUCCCAGUUUGCCCAGGAUUAAUGGGUGUUAUACACAUAGGCAGUCGUUGAUACAUGUGGCUGCUAUCCUUAAAGGGACAUGCAUCGCCUGGAGACAACUGUCUCGUUCAAACACUUUUGCUUUGAAUGAGAGAGUUGCCUAACGCUGCAAACUGUAAAUAUGAUUUUUUCCCCAUAUUUACCUGCAUCAUCCUUAUGCCUUCAACACUCUACGGAGGACACAGGUUUAAAAAUUCGGUGACCUAUCCCUAGGAAUGAUGGAAAGUGUAUUGAGUGUGCCUGAUAGAUUUGCGCAUGGGCAUUUGGAAGAUCUCUUCACCUUGCAACAAUAUGAGAGGAAGAAGAGAGGUAGGCCAAUCAGUGUGAUUCAUGCAGAGCAGGCUCCGGUGUGAGGUUUCUCUCUCCUGCUGCUGCCCAAUGAAGCCCUGAUUCUGUAAUUAGUGGCCUGGUCUGAAACUGAGCUGACUAUGCAAGAGAGGGAGGGGAGGGGCAUGCUAAAGAAACUCCCCGAGCUCAGAGGUGUGCCCAGCAAUACAAUCUGACUAAGUUUAUAGGCAUUUAUUACAUAGUUUUCUUUAUGUUAUAUUUGUUUAAAAGUGAUGCUUAUCCCUUUAGUUUAACAGCUCUCACCUUACUAAACUGCUGUGUGGAGAGUUUGGGAGGGAGAAUGGUACAGUCUCUGUCCCCUAGAUUUUUACCAGCAUUUCCGUUUUAGCAGAGCAAUUGAAUUAACAGCGGUAGAUACAAUUAGCACUGCAACUCUCAUCAUUCUUGUACUGGCUGGGAUAUGGAUGUCCUGCCUGAGAUCAAUGGCCUUACCCCGCAUUGUGUCUGUCUGAUCGUGCAUUGUUGUUUAUUUUUUAAUUUUAUACGAUAAGAGAUAUUAUAUGAUUUUAAAACAUUAUCUGCAUUGUACAAAUUAAAUAUCAGGCAUAUCAUGUCAUAUAAGGUCCUUAGAACCCCCCAACAGAGCACAUUAUAUAACUACAAUGUAUUUCUCCCAGUUGUUUCGAAUACAUUUUGUCAUUAUCUUGUUUCCUGCAGGAUUUUGACAAAGCUUUGCAGUAUUAUUUGAAUACUUUUGGUACAAGGACAAGAUUUGAAACAUUACUGUGGGAAAUCACACACUCAGUGUAACAAGGCAAAAUGUUCAAAUGACCACUUCCAAAAUUUGAUAAACGCAGCUUUACAAAGCUACCCUGUGAAGACAUGUCCAGGGUCCCUGAAAAAACCUAAAGCUGGAGGCCCACUAUUGCUGUGAUCAGUUUCGCGGUUGUUUUUUUGCUGUUGUUUUUUUUUAAAUUCUUUAUUUUUGCAGUGCAGUGUUAUGGGUACACGUUGAGCAAGACAUGAAAACAAGGGUUUUACAUAGACAUUAGGAGUAUCAGGUCAUUUCUGCAAUGCUGCACUUUCUUUCUUGUUAGGUACAUAAGGAAACAAAUAUUAUUAAACAGAAGCAAGAACGUGGCAGUAGGGGCAAAGAUUAAAGACUGCAGAUAUAUGCAUAAAGACUUGCUAUUGAUAAGCACAAUUUCCCAGGACAACAGGGUCAGAUUUGGAGCAUGAACUUGAUCAGUCAAUGCCUUUCAAGCUCCAAACAAAGUCCCUCUGAGUAAUAGGCAGCAGGGAAUCUCAGUGAGUGAUAGGCGCCAUGCAGCAGGUAGACGUUGGUAGAGUAUGGCACUUCUUGAGGGUCGGGACUUCUCAUAAUAAUGGUCAGCUGCUGGUACAGUAGUCUGACAUCUUGGCUUCCCCAUAUGGUAUGGCAGACGGACUGUCUGUCCGUUUGCGAAUCCUGCCUCGAUGUUACCCACUCCAUGGAAGACUGUCGGUGACCUAUAUCCUGCGGCCACUGUCAUCCGCCAGACCCCCGACUCUCACAGGUGGAAAUUCAGUUUAGGCAUGGUCCGUUGAUGCGGAGACAGGCAUUCUCAUGUAGAGCUUGGCCCAAAAGGCUGCAAAUAUCUUGUGUAAGUUGGUCAGAGUAGCUAGACCACAUGAGGUCGACAGGCCCCCCCGAGCAGAGCAUGGUGUCCACCAUCUUGGACAGGAUGGAGUCCAAUAGAUAGACCCCUGAGAAGUUUUGAAGAUCAAUACAUAUGCGUUGAGUGUACUGCCUGUGCCGGAAUAUCCCUCAACAGCAGGGGGGGAUAGAAGAUUAUCUAUGGCUCCGGUUCAAGGGGACAGUGGAUGGAGAGAUCGUCCGCCUCUCCCACGCCCACGCCACCAUGUAGGUUGCAAAAACGAAUCAGCUGCCACAGCUACACCGAGACAGUCCAUAACCCACAGGUUCCGCUCCCUGGAUGUCGCCAAGGGAUGCAGCGAUUAGUGAGCCCGAGCAGUCUGGGAAAUUAACAGAGUAAAGAACAGAGUAAAAUUCUGCUUUUGGACCGGGGCUCUGGGUUGAUGUGACUGCUCGAUUUGGUGGUCAAGCUCUGCCCCUUCAGGGUUGUUUUUGUGCUAAAAUGCUUUUGUGGCUGAAAAUCAGAGCAACUUUGUAACCCGCUUAAAAUAUGUAUGGUAUCUAAAAGUAGGAAAAUUUCUUGUUUUGUACAAAGUUGUCGAAGAACAAAUGACAGAUAAUGGAAAAAAACAAGGUACGAAAUAAAGGAACAGCGUUGGUUAGUAAUUCAUGAACUAUCUGCUACUUUUGAGCAUUCCUUCUUAAAGGGACAUUAUUAUCUCAAUGGAGUGGUCAGCCUGCCAUGUCCCUCUCGGUUUAACCCUGCAAUGUAAAACAUUGCGUUCUGCAGGCAAAGUUUAAAUGCACUUCCAUCCAAAUAGCCGAAUGGAACUCUGCAAUUUUAAUCAGAUUGUCUUAUAGACCAUCUAAUUAACGUAGCGCAGCAUUUUGCAGCCCAUGUGCACCAGACUCCCAAUAUUUCCUAUGGGAAAGCAUUGACCUGGCUGAGAUUAUCAAGAUCUCAGCCAGGGUGGCAGGACCUGCCAUUAAUAAAGCAGUUAAGUGUAAGAUAAAUGGGUAAGCAAACUACCUUUUGUGGAGGGGGGUCACCUAAACAGUGACUAGGACACUAUAGCAUGGAAUACACAAUUAUGUUAUAAGGCAAAUUUUUUCCCAGUAUUAUAAAAAGAAAAAAACAAUUCGGAUUAUUACUCUUAAUGCAAAAGGCACUAUGCUGUUUUAAAAACCUUUGUUCUGCACCUAUUUUAUUUUCCUGCAUAUCUACAAACAUUUGUCCACAAUCUGGGAUGGGUUAGGAGUCUAUGUACAAGGGCUGUGCUAGUGACAUGCUAUAUUUGUGCUGAACCUAUGGAUAAUUUCCCCAAGAAGUGAGGAUGGGUUCCUGGAGUCCAAAACACACUGUUGCGCUAUAUCUGGCGCCCAUGGCACGUAUGUUACUAUUUGAAUCUAUUUACAGAAUUAGGGAAAAGUUACUAAAGUUACUCUCUUGGCAUGUUAUAUUACGCCACACACUCUGAUUAUGCCAUUAAGUCUCAGGAAGGUUGACAAAGACAAAUUGCUCAUUCUGUGAAGUGUUUCACUUUCGGCUCAUCUGCUUAUCUUAAAUCACAAUCAGAAUUGACUAUAUCAGCCAAUACAGUGCUUUCCCAUAGGAACGCCGCGCUGGCCAAUCAGCAUCUCCUCAUAGAGAUGCAUUGGAUCAAUGUUGUGCAGCAAUGACCCAGGAAGCACCUCUAGUAACCAUCUGAGUAACUGUCACUGGAGGUGUCCCUAGGGAGUAAUGUAAACACUGCCUUUUCAAUAGCCAGUGAUAGGCUAAUGCUCCCAGCUAACUUUACUAUGGCAUCCUUUAUCUUGCAAAACUUCAGACAGGUUGAAAUAAAUAAGCCAGUAUAGACAGAGUGAGCAUUUAAGUGCAAACCUAAACUAAUAGUAAAUAUAUUUUUAAAUAUCAUAUAUCUGUAAUAUAUAUGUUGGUAUUUUGGGGAGUGCAGACUCCCAAGAAGCCAUACUAAUAACUGUACAACUUUAUAUGGACAUAUUAUUCA